CAACCAAUUUGCUUUGGACGACUCAACCACGGUUUUCUCGGGCCAGGUGGCUUUGACUGAAAACACCCCAAUUACCAAAGCCAAAUUCUUGAAAAACAACCCCCCCACUUCCCCAUUUUCUCCAUUCCUCCAACGCCUGCUGCUGCUGCUCUCUCCUCCUCCUCCACCGCCACAAACCUCUUCAAGAAUUACAGAAACACCGCAUGGCUGAUACCGAUGAGGACUAUCUCGGAGCAGGAGUCUCGAGCACUACUAGUUUCUCGCAGUUGCUCUUAUCUGAUGACGAUAAUGACAUUGUUGGCAUUCACAUGAGCCAUGAUUUUCAUUACUCUUCUUCUGCUGCCACUGGAAAUCCUCCUAAAAUGCUCUGUUUUGGAGAUUUUCACCAUCUUCAGAAAGCCCAAGACGAUACUAAUGUCGUUUUACAUAGUGAACCCACCAUAAGUACCCUUCAGAAAUCUUCUGGUGUCACAUGCAGCGAGUCCUCUUCCACUUCUUCUGCAAACAAUAUCAGCAACAGUAAAAAUGUCAAUACUGCCUCCAGAUCAACAAGGAAAAAUGGGUCAAGCCAAAAAUCUGGGCUGAGCAAUAGGAGCAUAGCAAAAACUCGAUUGACAAGUGACAGAACAAGUAAAAAGUCUAAAACUGAGACUCCCAUUUCUUCUGCACAACCAAAGGUGAGGAAAGAGAAGCUAGGAGAACGAGUCACUGCAUUGCAGCAACUCGUGUCACCCUUUGGCAAGACAGAUACGGCGUCGGUUCUACAUGAAGCGAUGGGAUAUAUCAGGUUCCUCCAAGACCAGGUUCAGGUGCUAUGUUCUCCUUACCUGAAACAUCCACUUAAGAAGAAGAGUGAGGAAAAUGGAGGAGAAGAAGCAAGAAAGGACCUGAAAAGCAGGGGAUUGUGUCUGGUACCAGUGGAAUGGACCGUACACGUGGCAAGCAGCAAUGGUGCAGAUUACUGGUCACAUGCCAGUGGAAGUGCAAGUGAAUCUAUCUGUCCAUGAAGUCAUAAUUUUUGAGAGAGAGGAUCAAAAAGGGUAAAAAUGUGGGUAGAAAGAACGGUAAAAACAGAAGAGUUUUUAACUUUUAACUGCGAAUUUUGGUGUAGAUGAAUAGGUGAAAAGUGGGAAGAGAAAGGAGGGAUCUUUUUGUUAGAUGUUUUUGGUAAGAAAAAUACAUGUGGGUUUUCGUUUGAGGGAGGGAAGUUUGUAGCUUUUUAAGGAUGGCUGGCUGGCUUACAACUGUAUAUCUUCAAGGGUUGUUUUCACCGAUUACCAAUGAAAUUUUGAGAAGAGGACUACUGGGCUUGGUUUUGUAGUUCAGUUCUUUGCUUUUCAAA